UCCAGUUUCACAAUCACAGGAAAGGAAGCAGAGAGGGAAGACAGUGGGCUGUUCGCUCAUCUUUGACUGUCUGUCUGUCUAUUUGUUUCACACACACACGCACACUCUGUCAACAAACAUCAUGAACAGUUCGAACAGCCAGGGACUAAGCAGUCUGGACUAAACCAGACUCUCACACCCAAAAAAAAUCGUUGUUGGCCAAAGGAACUCUGGAGUGUGCCUCCUGCUGGUGGUAACUGACUGGGCGAUGGAGCUGAGGAGGAGAAGGUUGCAUGGCAACCGGGCUGAUCUCCGUUGACCCCCACCCCCCUGAUCCGGCUAAGCCCCAGUCCCUGGGAAGUGCGGCAUCUCGCCCAGGAAGAGGAUGUUGUCGGUGAAAUUGCCGCAGCUUUUAAGCAAUCACCAAGUCCCCAGGGUAUUCCGGGAAGAUGGGAUUAUCUCCGGCUACCGCCACCCGAGGAGCUCGGCCCUGGACUGCCUUCUCAGCAGCUUUCAGAUGACAAAUGAGACCGUGAACAUUUGGACGCAUUUUCUCCCAACAUGGUAUUUUCUAUGGAGGUUCCUGGUCCUGUCGCACUCUAUGGACUUCUAUAACGAGGCUUACGCCUGGCCGCUGUUGGUCUACAUGUUGGUCAUCUGCCUGUACCCCUUCAUUUCCAGCUGCGCCCACACCUUCAGCACCAUGUCGGCUCACGUCCGACACAUCUGCUACUUCCUUGACUACGGUGCCCUCAGCCUCUACAGCCUGGGGUGUGCCGUCUCAUACAGGGCCUACGUCAUGCCUGACCAGUGGAUUAACACCACCCUCCACUGCUACUUCACCCAUGUGGCUGUCUUCAACUCCUUGGUCUGCACCACACUCUCUUGUUACUCCAGGUUCCUGGAGAUCGAACAGCCUAAACUGAGCAAAGCACUGCGGAUAACAGCAUUUAGCUACCCGUUUCUGUUUGACAAUAUCCCACUAUUCUACAGGAUCCUACUUUGUUGGGGUGAGGAUUGUAGUCAUAAUGACGCUGUACCCACACAUUACCAUCACCUGGUCUUUGCCUUCCUCACAUGCUUCCUGUUUGCUUCCCACCUCCCAGAGCGCCUGGCUCCUGGCUGCUUUGACUACAUCGGUCACAGCCACCAGCUGUUCCACAUCUGUGCCAUCAUGGGUACCCACUUCCAGCUGGAGGCUAUUGUCCUGGAUAUGUCGUGCCGUCAUGCCUGGCUGCUCGCUCACACACCCCUGCCGUCCCUGGGGGGCACCCUGGGGGUAGUGCUGGUCUCCGUGGUUCUGAACUGCCUGGUCAUCGGGAUCUUCGUCCUGCUGUUGCUCUGGGCCCCGCGUUCCUCCCCGUUUCUGCAGAGUCACGUUCCCGAUCGAUGCAAGCAGAAGCGGGAGUGACCCACCCACGACCCCAUUGCACAUGCCCCUCCCACCCUGCCGUCAGAUGGGCAAUGGCGGUUGAGUCCAAACAAGAUGCCAGUCUCGCCCGUGCAAGAAACGGGGGACGGUGGGGGAAGACCUGACUCCCAUUUGCGAUCCCUUCUGACCCACCUUGCCCUUACCCCCUUCCCAUCACGUACCACCCUCCCCUUGCAUCCACCAGCUCAACCCCAUCCGACAUUCCUCUACUGCCAUUGGUUGGUUCUGAUCCCCGUCUGCUCGAGCUCAUGCAGCCCCGUCCCUCCUUCCGCUGAACCUUGCCCUCCACUGGCGCUGCCCUCCCUCCUCCUACCCGAUUACACUCCCGCACUCUUAGUCACGCAGCUACGUUGGCAAGAGUGGAACGCUUUCAUGCCCUGGGUGAGGGCCUGUGGGCUGCACGGUGUGAUGGAAGGGCCGGCAUGGGUUUAAAGGGCUGAGUGGCCUCCACAUUUGCCACUCCCUGGCCAUUUAUAGCUCCCUCUCCUGCCACAACCUUUAGCUGGUUUUAAAGCCCAGUUUCUCACUAACACGUUGAGACCAUUGUCUGCCCUGUUUAACGUUACCAGGCUCCCCUCAGCAAGGUGUGCCACACAGGGAUGGUAUGCUUGGCAUGUAAUGUCACGUGGUGAGUGCCCAUUGGUGUGUGUGAACAGAGGCACCCAUAUACCUUUUCUAUCUGGGGUGCUCCCACUUAAUAACACACAAAUGCUGCCUCUGUAUGUCUUUGGCAUUAAUGUGUUUAAACUGUGUGUCUAAAGAUUUUACCUGAGCGUCUAAACUCGCUCGCUUUUGAAAGCGAUGUUUGUAUGGAUUGCCUGACCAAGAGUCCCUCUGUUGUAUUUGGUCUUUAGCCCUGCAUUGUGCCAAUCUACACAUUGAGGGCUGACCGAACCAGGCAUUAUAGAAUGACUGGGAUGACACUGUGAAGAGGCAACGCUUCUAUUCAGCACUUGGACUGCCUUCUCAUACUCACCCACAAGAGCAGAGCGAGGCUACUGCUAUCGAUAGCCCCCUGUCGAAGAGGCUGGUUAGAGUACAGAUUGAAUCCAGGUGUCCACCAGAGGACGAGAAGUUGUAGUUUUAAUGCAGUGAGUCACUGUGAUCUGUGACUGUGUUUGCUGGAAAGGGAGCAGGCCGAACAGGAGCUUUCGAGACUGGGGAAGGUUCAGAGUGACACUUGCUCCUAGCCUAGAAUGCAUCUGGACCCUGUGUUAGGAGUCUGGUGUCAGUACCACUGCUCUCUCCCUGAUUGUAAUGAUCGAACCUUUCCCGAGCCCCGGAUCAGAUGCAAUCCGGAUUUAAUUAUUCUACCUCCAGGAUUCUCUGAGCGUCCAGUCACAGGUGUGCAGGUUUUCUUUCCCUCCAGAUCUUUCAUCGAUGAUCCUCCCUCCUUAAAAUUUGCAGAUGAUUACACAGUGUUCAGCAUCUGUCUCCAUUCUGUGUCACAUAGCAUUGAAACAGACCGUUCGGUCCAUGCUGAACAUAAUCCCAAACUGAACCAGUCCCAGCUGCCUGCCCCUGGCCCAUAUCCCUCUAAACCUUUCCUAUUCACAUACUCAUCUGAGUGUCUCUUCAAUGUAACUGUACCCACAUCUGCCACUUCCUCUGGAAGUUCAUUCCACACGAGAUCCACCCUCUGUAAUAAAAUUGGCCUCUCCAUGCCUCCUUAGAUACUGUAGGCUUACAUACCAGUGCACAUAAAGGAUCGGCUGGCCCAGAAACCAAGUGUUAGCUUUUAUUAAUAGAGGGAUCGAGUUCCGGAACCAAGAGGUUAUGCUGCAGCUGUACAAAACUCUGGUGCGGCCGCACUUGGAGUAUUGUGUACAGUUCUGGUCACUGCAUUAUAAGAAGGAUGUGGAAGCUUUGGAAAGGGUGCAGAGGAGAUUUACUAGGAUGUUGCCUGGUAUGGAGGGAAGGUCUUACGAGGAAAGGCUGAGGGACUUGACGCUGUUUUCAUUAGAGAGAAGAAGGUUGAGAGGUGACUUAAUUGAAACAUAUAAAAUAAUCAGAGGGUUAGAUAGGGUGGAUAGGGAGAGCCUUUUUCCUAGGAUGGUGACGGCGAGCAUGAGGAGGCAUAGCUUUAAAUUGAGGGGUGAAAGAUAUAGGACAGAUGUCAGAGGUAGUUUCUUUACUCAGAGAGUAGUAAGGGAAUGGAACGCUUUGCCUGCAACGGUAGUAGAUUCGCCAACUUUAGGUACAUUUAAGUCGUCAUUGGAUAAGCAUAUGGACGUACAUGGAAUAGUGUAGGUUAGAUGGGCUUCAGAUCGGUAUGACAGGUCGGCACAACAUUGAGGGCCGAAGGGCCUGUACUGUGCUGUAAUGUUCUAUGUUCUAUGUUCUAAGACGUGAAUGGUCCACUUUCUCAUGAGCAGGAGGUGUGUGUCACAGCCUUUGAACUUGUUAUAAUGUCUAGACCCAUGGUAGGUAUUUGCUGACUACACAAGGGAGCUAAAAGCAAUGCAGACAGGUUCAUCGAGUGGGUGAAAGUGUGGUAAUUGGAGUGUCAUGGCGGGGGCGGGACAUGUUUUUCUUUUCCCCCCCACACAAAAGAAAGAAACUUCUUGAAAUGAUGAGAGGUUGCAGAGUUCCGAGCUGCAGAAGGGCAGCGCAGUGGUUAGCCCUGCAGCCUCACAGCGCCAGGGACCCGGGUUCGAUUCCACCCUCGGGCGACCGUCUGUGUAGAGUUUGC